CUUCUUUAUGUCUUUCAAGACGUGUUUAACCCACUGCCUUGAACAUUUUGCUCCUGUUUCUACUUUUCAAAUUGAUGAUAUAAAGUCAGUUUAUACGCGUUGUACUGAUCCUUUGAUCAAACAACACGAUGGAGACACACACGUUCGCCAUCGUCUUGUCUUAGUCUCAACAGAACAAGAAGGAUUUUUAUGCGGUUUAGAGACUUAUGAAUAUAAACUCAAAAAUAGACACAUUGUGUAUAUUUCCAAAGUAGACACAACACAAACAUUUGAGAAAUUCAAAGGACUGACAGCACGUAUUGUCCAAAGCUAUAUAGCGAGUUUACCCCCUUUAUCCUCAGUAUUUGUGUUUGCUAGAGCUCAACCUCAAUACUUGUUUGCCAGAUCAGCAGAAAAUAAACAAAAGAAGGCAUUGAAUGAUCGAGAUUUAGUCUAUUGGUGGCUUUCUGUGUUGAACAAAGUGCCUGUGGAAAGCGAAGGAUGGUGGUCUGUUCCCGGUAUAGACGAUCAGACAUCGGCUCUGAUUGAAAUAGGGGCUAAAAGACGAGGUUGGCGAAGUUCAGACAAGGUUCAAUGGCAUUAUGGUACAUCGUAUCCUCCAGAAGCAGAGGCAGAUCAAGUCAUACCUCGAUUUGAAGAUGAUGCGAAAUCACGCUUGCUUAGAAACACCGAUAAAAUGACAGUAGUCGAUUUUUGGAACUUACUUUCAAUUGGAGAAGAAUGUGGAUCAGGCAAAGUGACAGGGUUUUUUGAAUUGCGCUUAAAAAGUCAGACACAGACAGAAACUGAAGCAGUGGCAUGCACAUCAAGUGAUUUUACUCUGUUCUGGAACAAAUUGAUGUCAUUAGAUUUUCAUGAUGCUGUGUCGAACAAGGCUUCAACAGAAACAGCAAGGGAAGCAAUCAAAGACACAGCGUCUUUUGUCAUUCAAACAAAGCCAUCCACAUUGCCUACAGUGCAACCAAUAACCACCGAUAAAAGACCAGCUAUUCAUAUGUUAUCGAAUGGAUUUAUUAAGCGU